AUGCAGGCAUCCAUGCUCCCGCCCGACUUCUUCCAGCACAUCCCCCAGAUCUCGACCCGCCGCGCCCUCCUGGUCCUCGAUCUCCAAAACGACUUUGUCUCGCCCGGCGGCGCCCUUCUCGCCCCCAAUGCGCCCACCCUGAUCGACCGCAUCCCCGCCCUGGCCGCCCACUUUCGCUCGUCCGGCAAGGUCUUCUGGGUCCAGACGACCUUCCAGCGGCCCAGAGACACCUUCAGCCAGGCUGCCGGCGGCGACCUCAUCCUGGUCAACCCGCCCGCCUCCGCUGCCGCUCCCGCCGCGUCCACCACCGACCCCGAGGCCUUCCUCACCGUGCAAGCACCGCACCCCUGCUGCCGGCCAGACACCCCCGGCGCUCAGUUUCCUCCCGCUGUCGUCUCCGCCAUCGAUGCCCAGGCCGAUACCGUCCUGGUGAAAUCGGACUACUCCGCUUUCCAGUCCCCCAGCGUCCUUUUGUCCUUCCGCACCCAGUUCAUCACCGAGCUCUACAUUUGUGGCGCCCUAUCCAACAUAUCCGUCUAUGCCACCGCCCUCGACGCCGUCCGCAAUGGCUUCGUAGUCACUCUCGUUGAGGACUGCCUAGGGUUUCGCCGGUUUUCUAGGCAUCGAGAUGCCCUGCGCCGCAUGACCCAAGUCCUGGGCGUCUACACCGUCAAGAGUGCAGACUUGCUAACACCCGAUGACGAACCCUCGAGCGAAAAGCUACCUGCGGAGGCCAAGGAGCCCGUGCAGCAGGGGCCCAUCGAGUUUGACGACGGCCCCGACAGCGUGGAUGAACCCCCUUCGCCCAUGUUAACCCGAGCGCUACGUCGUCUACGCACGGACGAGGACGAUCCCAACCCCGUGCCCGAAUCCGUAUGCCACAGUCGCGGGCGUGCAUCGAGGCUAGCUAGGCCGAAAACCCCCAAAAAUCCCGCCUCCUCAACCCGGGGACCCGGUGAGAGCAUUGGGUCUGGUGAUUCGAAGAUCAUCUACGAUCUAGCUCUCCCGGACGACGCAUUCCGCACCCUUCGUGACGAGGUGCGCUGGCAGAAAAUGUACCACAUGUCCGGCCAGGUCCCCCGCCUGGUGGCCGUCCAAGGCACUGUCCAGCCCGACGGGUCGAUUCCCAUCUAUCGACACCCGGCUGAUGAGUCACCUCCCUUGCUGCCUUUCAGCAGCACUGUGGAUACCAUUCGCGAAACUGUUGAGAAGCAGCUUGGCCAUCCGCUGAACCACGUCUUGAUCCAGCUUUAUCGUAGCGGUGACGACCGGAUUUCGGAGCAUUCGGAUAAAACCCUCGACAUCGUGCGCGGAUCAUCCAUCUGCAAUGUUAGCCUAGGCGCUCAGCGGGCCAUGACCCUUCGCACCAAAUCCUCUGCUACUUCUGAUCCCGAGUCGAAUGGCACCGGCCGGCAGUCGCAGCGAGUUCCGUUACCGCAUAACUCUCUCUUCAUCCUCGGUGAAAGAACCAAUAUGGAGUGGUUGCAUGGGAUUCGCCAAGAUAAACGCCCAGAAUCGACCAAGUCCCCAGAGGAAUUAGCUUUCAACGGGGAACGGAUAUCCUUGACGUUUCGCCACAUCGGAACCUUUAUAAAUCCUGAAUCUGAUACGAUCUGGGGACAAGGCGCUCGUUCCAAAGCACACUCGGAUGCCGGGCAUAUCAUUCAUGGCGAAUUGGCAGAGAUAGAGCGGUUGGUUCGUGCCUUCGGGCUGGAGAAUCGGCAAACGCUAUUUGACUGGGAUGCGCAGUACGGCGAAGGAUUCGAUGUCGUCAACUUUGUCACGAUCACAUCAGCCAAGGUUUUACUCUCCAGUGAUGAGGUUUCUGAUUUACGGGUUUUACUAUGCCUCGUCGAAAAUGGAGUUCGUUACGAGGUACUGCAAUCCAGAACCGAUCUCCCUCCCUUGGCCAGUGACACCCUACACGUUCCAUCUGGGGAUCGGAUACCCAUAUACCUCGACUCCGACGGCUCAACUUGCAUAUCUGGGGAUACGGCUAUUCUAAAGCAUGUUGGCACUCAUCGACGUGCUCAGGAUACACCUGACCCGACCAUUCCCUUGAACAAGUCCACGCUCGAAGAUCGCCUUGCAGCAGCAAAUAACCUCCUUUGUACUUGGCGCACGGCCGUGAAGACUCAACCGCCUUCUCCUCCUUCAGAUUCGUUGGCCGCUUUGGAGCCGCUUAAUCGAUAUCUCCCUUUCUUCGCAUCUUUGCUUCCACCGGAGAAUACGUACAUAUCCUCACCCACUUUCUUCGGCAUUGAUGACUGUAGGGAGGCGAAUAUGUGUAAAAGGGGUGCUGGAAGAAAUGAACACGGGCGCAUAACCGAAUGA